AUGGCUGUCAAGACUGGUAUUGCUGUUGGUUUGAACAAAGGUAAGGUAGUCACUGCUAUGACUCCAGCACCAAAGAUUUCUUACAAGAAAGGUGUUGCUUCUAACAGAACCAAGUUUGUUCGUUCUUUGAUCAAAGAAUUCGCUGGUUUGUCUCCAUAUGAAAGAAGACUAAUCGAUUUGAUCAGAAACUCUGGUGAAAAGAGAGCUAGAAAGGUCGCAAAGAAGAGAUUAGGCUCUUUCAUCAGAGCUAAGGCUAAGGUAGAAGAAAUGACUGAAAUCAUCGCUGCUUCUCGUCGUCAUUGA